AUGGGACACAGAGAAUUGUUCAGAACAUCAAUGGAGGACUCAUCAUUCAUGGAUCCAUUCACUGCAACCAGUGGACCUGGUCCAUACCACGAGAAGCAUCCCAAGACCAUGAUACCACCACCUCCAAACUUCACUGUUUGGACAAAACACCCAGUUGUUCGGCCAAAUUUCUUUAUAUUGCCGAGAUCAUUCGACAAAAAUAAUCUUUAUUUAAUUACUAAAUCCGUAGGUGAACGAACAAUAGGUGUUCUAACAAAAUUAGACCUCAUGGAUGAAGGAACAGAUGCUCGGGAAAUUUUGGAGAAUAGAAGUUUCCCACUCAAAAGAGGAUAUAUUGGAAUCGUUAGUCGAAGUCAGAAAGACAUUGACACAAGCAAAGAUAUUAAGGCAGCAUUACAAGAGGAAAGUGUGUUUUUCAAAAAUCAUCCAAAUUACAAGCACCUAGCUCACCGGAUGGGAACAAAAUAUCUUCAGGAGACUUUGAAUAAACAGCUUAAAGCUCACAUUCAAGAACGUCUCCCCAGUGUUAGGUCAACCUUACAGCAUCAGCUGAUAGAUAUGAAAAAAGAACAUGAAAAACUCAAAAACCUUUUUGGUGAAGCUGACGACGCUGGUAAAAUUAAAUUCAUGACAUCAAUAGUUUACAAUUUCGCUGACGAAUUUAAGAAAAAGCUUGUUGGACAGACAGAAACCGCAAGUAUUCAAAAUGUUGACGAAGGAGCACAAAUCAAUGAUGCUUUUUACAAUGAUGUUGCCCAGCUACUAAACCUGGAGUUGAUGCCAAACGAUGAAGAAUUGGCUGUUGUUAUUAAGAAUAUUCACGGCUAUAGGACACCAUUGUUCACUCCAGGACUAGCGUUUGAUGCUGUUACUACAAGAUUGAUUGAGAAGUACAAAGUCCCUAUUGUGAUAGCUGUUGAUAUUAUUACUAACAUUAUGGCAAAUCUGAUUGAUAACUGUGCUCAAGAGCUCAAACGUUAUCCAAGACUUCGUGAUGAAGUGAUUUUCCGAGUGAGAAUUCGUCUUCAAAAACAGCAAGAGGUGACCAAGGAAAGGUUGGAAAGUCACAUUGAUGCAGAAAUGUCAUUUUUUAACGUGAGGCAUCCAGAUUUUAAUAGAAACGGAACUCGGUCGAAGCCAAUAAAGAAAAGUACUGAAAGUGAACAGAACGUGGAAGACGAAGUUGUUAUCAGAAGAAGAGCACAUAAACAGCAUUUGUCAGGCUACAUGUACAAAGCAGGAGUUUUGGAAAUGUUAAUAAGAACAGGUAUGCGGAAGAUACAAAAACAAUACUACUGUGUUUUGAGUAGAGACUCCUUCAGCUGGCAGGCCAAAGAAACGGGAUUGGAUGGUGUGAACAGUGUACCAUUAACAAAUCUAAGAAUAAUUCCGGUGAUAGGCAAGGGCGACCAAAAAUUUCAGAAGAUUGUAUUGCUUCGCUCAGACGGCGUGCAUGUAUUUCAAAAUACCAGACAACUGGAAUUUAUAUGCUCAGAUCCCAUUGCAUUUAAAGAGUGGAUGGAAGCAUUCAAAGAAGCAAAUGUUCCUGGGGCACCCAUAGACCAAAAUGCUUGGGAAACUAUAGAUUCCGAUACUGAUUCUUCUUCAACAACUUCAAACGUACAGAGUCAACAAAAUACUCCAAUAUAUGAAAGAAUGCGCUUUCCUAAAGAGACCGAAGAACUAAUUAGUGUGGAAACAAGUUUCUUCCCAAAGAAGACUGAAAAUUCUGCUAGUUUGGAGUUACUCAACGAUCCAAACAUACAGAGCCAAGUGGACCAGUUAGUAGCUAUGAUUGAAUCUUACAUGAAAGUAGUAGCCAAGACGAUUCAAGACUUAGUUCCGAAAUACAUCAUGUUGUUCCUUGUAAAAAAUACUAUGACAUAUGCAACAAAGGAACUUACAGGAGAACUUGUAGCUGAUUGUGCUAUUGAAACUUUGAUGUCAGUUUGUGUUGAAGACGCUAAAAGACGAGAAGAGCUUAGUAUAGCGAUUGAUGCUAUUGAAACGGCACUGGAAAUAGUUGGUCAAGUUUGAUAGAACUGCCUUUAUUUGUCUUCAGAAAAGAAGUUGUAAAGGAUAAAUAACAUCUCAUCUGUUUUGGAAAUCAUUCAUUAAACAUAUAUAAUUGUAAGCAGUAUAUAGUUUAGCAUUCUGAUUAUAUACAUCUAAUUUCUAGUUGCUCUAUUUACGUCAAACGUUUAUCAAAAAGUUCAAAAAUGUUUUAGUUUCUGUAAGAAAUCCUAAAAGCAGCAAAUAAAAAUCAAAUCAAGUCACCAUUGACCAAACAAGUGAUGAAUAAAAAUUUACAAACAUGUGA